CAACCCAACCAAAACAACAUUUAGGACACUCCUCUAUUUUUAAGACCUCUCUCUCUCUCUCUCUCUCUCUGAGACACCUGUGUGACCACCGACUCAAAAACACGCUCAUUACAUUCCUCUCUCUCUCUUCUCUACAAAAGCCUACUCACAUUUCUCUCGUUUCCGUCAACUUUCCCCCUAAUUUUCCUGGAAAAUUCUCCAUCAGUAAUUGGUGAUUACGUUGCACAUGAUUUGGCGACAAUGCUUGGUACAAUGGUAAAAAGCUGGGGUGUUUAGCGUAGAAUGGGGUUUGAAUAUAAGAGCAGCUACAUGGUGCAAAUAAUGCCCUGCAGGUUCUGACAGAUGGAAGAUAAUGAUUUCUAUCGCCUUUCAAAGAAAGAGCUACAGGAUUUGUGCAAGAGCUAUGGUUUGUCUCCAUAUAUGACGAAAUCUAAUUUAGUCAAUUCGCUUUCGUCUUACUUUAAGAAGAAGAAUUGGAGUUCAGUGUCCCAAGUGGAAGGCUCAACAUCUAUGAUACCGCCUCUGGAGUGUGGAGCACGGGAAGAUAACAUGGUGCAUGCUCCAGAAGAUAAUAAUGGGAAUAUUAAUUGUCCAGGGGAGAAGGAAAACAGAGAAAAUCGUUCUCAAACUGUUAAAUGCAAUGAACAAGGAGGUUUCGUGGGAGGUGAAAGUUAUAGUAAGAUGCAGGCAUCAGGUUUUCAAAUUGUUCAAGAUGUGGAGUGUCCCUUGUAUAAUGUUCCAGAGAAUUCUCACUUAACCUGCAAAAAGAGAGAGACAUCACGGUCACAAAAUGAACUUGGACACAAUGAGAAUGAUUUUGGCUACAGAGUGGAGUCCCCAAAGAUUAGCUCUGACAAGAACAAUUUGUCUUUUGCAAGGGAGGUUGGGGUAAAUGAUGCACCCCAAAUUCAAAGUAGAAAUUUAAACCAUGAUGCAUGUCUGGUGGAAAAUGCUUCUUUGUCUAUAAAAUCUAAGGCCACUCCUUCCUUCGAGUUUCAUAUCAGUUCAGAAGAUGGCAUUAACCUUGUUGUUGAUUUCAAUUCAACUCCAUCAGACUGGUUUAACAGAUUGGAGAGCAAGGCGUGCGGUUGUCACAACGCGCAUGAUAACAAAUUUGGAAGUCUUCGUGAGGAGAUUGAACUUUUAGGAAAUAAAAACAAAGAAAUGAAAAAUUCAUCUCUCUGGAAUACAGAUUUGGAGCAUGAAAAGAACAAUUGCCAUGGAAAAGCUGAAUCUUUUUCUUAUCCAAUUAAGGGAGAAUGUGAUCCUGUUGUGGUUGAUCAUCCAUAUGGAGGUGAUGGGUCUUUAAGAUUCUCGCCAGUAAAACCUUGCAAUGUUGCUACAGAGAUGUCUGCAGAGUUAGAGGAAGAUAAAGAACUUCCGCUCUUCUCUACACCCAAUUCUGAUAUACAUAACCAUGCAACUUCUGGUAGAGAGUCUUGUCCGAUAGACCGGGAAACAUUUCAUCUUGAAUCCAGUGUCAUCAAAACUCCCCAAAUAAAGUCAUCCAGUGAUUCUGUUGUGAAUUCUACAGUUGAAAGUCCAAAAAAUCUGUACUCGCUGGAGCAUCAGAAGUCAGAGGUUGGUGAUAAAAUUUGUGAGGAUUUAACUCUUCAAAACGCUUGCACUCGUGUGAGCCCUAGUUCGGGGCAUUCUCCAUCAAGUGGUUCAAUGGAAAUGCAGUCAUCAGAAGUUGUAAACCAACAAAAAGAUGCAUCAUGUUUUCCUUGCAGAAAUAAUGGUUUCCUGGAUGUGGUUGAUCCAAUGCUCAAUGUGGAAACAAGAGAUGGUGAAUUGGCUAAUUCAAGUACUUGUCAAGACCAUAUGUCUGCAUGUGCUGGAGAACAGGAAAAGAGCAAACUUAUCAAUGGGGCGGAAACUUCAGUAUCCUUGCAGUUGAAGAAGUCAUUGGAGAAAACAUCAGAGGAUUCAAAAGCUGAUAAAGUACUGAAGAGAAAGAAGCAGCAUUCUGAGGUUGAAGAUCUCAAAUGUGGUGAACCUAAUGAUAAGAUUCUAAGAAGCAGAAAGCAUCUUCUUGACAGAGAGCUUCCUAGAAGAUCCAUGCGGCUUGUCCCUAAGUGAGCUCUUGCAGUGUGUGAAAGCUGCCUUAAAAGUAUUGUGGCUCAUAUGAGAUUAUCUCUUGGCGGAAAUAGAGAUUACAGGUGUUAGAUUUAUUGGUGAAUAUUUGGACUCGGGAUAAAUAAAGCUACACAAGUCCUGCUUCAAGUUCUUUAAUGCUUCCAUACUUGUUUCCUUUACAGUAACUGAAAAGCGUAUGAAAUCUUUUUGUUGAUGUUGUUUGGGUUUUUUUUUUUUUUUUAAUUAAGAAUUGUGUAGUGUCUGUUGAAAAGAAGUCUUUAGUUUUCUUAUUGGCAAGAAUCUCCCUGCCCUCUGCUGUGGUGUUGGUGGAAUUCAAGCUGAUAGUUCAGUUUUUUCAGUGGCAUGCUAAUGUUAUAUUGGGAUUUCGGAUUUUUCAAGGGAAUGGAAAAUGAAAGAAGAGUAAUAGAAUUAGUUGUACAUGCUCAUUUUUAUAAAUAAAUAGAAAUAUAUAUUUUCCGAUAAA